GUAACCCAGGUCAGAAAUGAGCUGACUAAAAAAUGUAAUGAUAAUUAAUAGAAUAAAUAUAAUUCAUAAUUAUUUUUUUUAUUAUAUAAAAGCUGAAACGCACAAUCAUAUAUAUAUUCAAAGUUGUUAUGCUGUGUUGUCGGAAACUUUAAAAUAAUUUAAAUAAUUAUUAACGGAAGCAAAACGCUUGUCUUAAGACGCGCGCUGAGUAUGACGUCACUGAUAUGCGACGCACGGUUGCAGAGAGAGAGCACGUGCAUUCCUGAUUGCGGUUGAAACCGUUACGGAAAAAAAGCGCAAAUGAUCGAUGAUAAACGAUCGUGAAACAUGUGAGAUCGUAUGCGGAUGAUUAAUUGUUGAAAUCCCCCGGAUUUGGUCAGGUUUUUUUGAGUUGAACUGUGAUCCUGAGAUGGCGAGCCACCCAACUAGAGAACCCUGAGAGAGACAACUUGAUCAACGCCUUAUCCAUUAUUCCAAGUGGAAUUCAUCCAUUCCUAGUGGUAUUUCCCACCACAUUACUUCAGUACUGAUCAUCACACUGACUAUUGCACUAUUGAACUUUUUGCACUAAAACACAAGGAUACUCUCGUGUUCAGUGGAUUCACCGUUCGGAUUCUAAGGACAGUUAUAUUUUAUUUUUGUUCCUUUCCCACGGUUACAUAUUUUACGGACUGUGAACUUUUCAUAUACUGAAUCUUAUUUGUUGUUUUCCUUGAGUGAUCUAUUGUAAUUGUUUUUGUUGUUUUUGUGUCAGAGAUUCUAAUUCAAACCAAUAUCAGUACAAGCAAAGCUCCACAGAAACUAGGAAAGGUUAAAACUAUAUCUAAAUCAAUAAGAUUGAGGUAAACUAAAAAUAAAUUCAAAAUAGAAGUUAAUUAUAAACAGUUGGUUAAUUAAAGACAGGUGAUAAUAUAAUAAUAUAAAAGCACAGUACAGUAAUACUACUCAUCAAAUAACUACAAAGGAGCUCAAAUUUAAUUUCUAAAACCAACAAAGAGAAAAGAGAUCAUUUCUUUAGAUGUGUAUUUCUAUUGUUUUCUUUAUUGUCAUUUCAUUUCAUAUUUUUCAUUUAAUUAAACUCAACUAAAAGACAUUUUAAAGUCAUUCUCCUGGUCUGUCUAUUUAUUAAUGUGCUUUAACUACUUCUUGCCCUCCUGUAGCGAACCUAGUACAUUGACUGGUCCAUUACAGUGUUUCUUCAAAUAGUAACUAAAGUGCACCAAUAGCACCAGGGGUUACAGAAAGUGGCGAGCCAGCCAGGAGGGCAUAUAUAUAUAAAAAAAAAAAAACCAGGAGAAUAAUUUCAAUUUAGUAGUAGUGUAAAUAGUGUCAACAUGGAAGUGGUUGAGCUUGAAAAUGUCAUAAUUGAAAACUCAGUGAUAAUUAGAGGACUGACAAAUACAGAACUUGACGAAGAUUUAACUGAUUUUCUAAACAAGCACGGCCGUAUUUGUAGACAUCUUUGCAUAGAUGAUCCCAAAUCGCCUUAUCAUAAAGAUGUCAUAGUAGAGUACAGCAGUUAUUCUGCAUUAGUGACUCUCAAACCCUUGUUGCCUUACACUUUAAGGAGUCCACACAAUGUUGUUUACCACAUUAGGCUUCUAUCAAGUGUCUAUGCUUCAGCCGUCACUGAACAGACUACCACCCAUUACUUUGCUGAACUGAAGAAAAUAGCAAAGCUCAGUGGAAGAACUUUCGAAGAACUCUUGAAAGAGCAGCUUCUCUCAACCACUGCUCCCACCGCUGAAAAUCUGAAUGAUUCAAACGAUCUUGAAUCAUCCCAAACUACUGAUCCUUCCUCAUCUGACAUUCCUGUCCCACCUAAGCAAGCUGAGUGUCCCGAAGGAGGACAAAGCUCUGAUACAGUCCACCGAGUAAUUACAGGAAGUUUUUCACCCACUCUUGAAGUAAAUGAUGUCAACCCACCUCAAGUCCAAAGAAUGGUCGUAGAGCAUAUUCUGAGAAGUGACGUAGUUGCUCCUUCUAGUGCAUCAUUCAGGCUAAGAGUCUUCUCGGGCAGAAUCCCCCGUCCUAGUGGCGAAGUUGAUUAUGACACCUGGCGUAACAGUGUAGAGUUACUACUUCAAGAUCCUUCACUCUCUGACUUAACUCGUUCUAGGAAGAUCUUAGACAGUUUACUGCCGCCAGCAGCAGAAAUAGUGAAGCAGCUAGGUGCCAAAGCCUUACCUGCUGCUUACCUUGAUGUCUUGGAUUCAGCUUUUGACAUUGUGGAAGACGGUGAUGAUCUUUUUGCUAAGUUUUUGAAUACACUGCAAAAUGCUGGUGAGAAACCUUCCUUGUACUUACAACGAUUGCACACUCACCUUCUUAAAGUGAUGAAGCGAGGUGGUAUUUCUGCUGAAGAAGCUGACCGACAACUUCUAAAACAGUUCUGUCGGGGAUGUUGGGAUGACGCACUAAUAGCAAACCUUCAGCUUGAGCAUAAGAGAAAUAAACCUCCUCCUUUCUCAGAGCUACUCUUGCAGCUGCGCAGUGAGGAGAACAAACACUUUGCCAAAGAAAGCCGCAUGAGACAACACCUUGGCACACAAAGACAAAGAGCCAGUUCCCACACUGUCACUGCCAAUCCUCUUGACUUAAGGCAAGAUGAGAAGUCAGAAGGGACAGAGGUUGCAGAAUUAAAAAGACAAGUUGCUAAGCUCCAGAGCCAGCUUUCUAAACAAAAAAAUAAGCAGGCAGGGCAAAGCGAGUUGCCAUCAACUGAUGCCGUUCUUGAAUUAAAGCGACAAGUCACAGAGCUCCAGAGUCAAAUGACAAAACUCAGAGCCCAAAAGGAUCCAGAAUCGAAAAGCAACUCAAGCAAAGUGAAACACACUAACAUACAGUUCCCCAGGGAAAACCCUCCUAAAGCUGAACAUAAACCACCUUGCAGGCCCAAGCCAGGCUAUUGCUUUCGGUGUGGUGAAGAUGGGCAUGUUGCUUCAGUUUGUGAAGAUGAUCCAAACUCAUCACUGGUGAACGAUAAGAGAAAACGGCUGAAAGAGCGCCAAGCCUUGUGGGACAGUCUGUAUGGUCCAAGUGCCUCAGGAUCUUUAAACACCAUCCAGCCCUUGUAGCGGGACGUACAAGGGCUGUCACUUGUCAAGCAAGUCUCAAGAAGUCAGCAAAUAUGAGCCAUAUGAAGCCAC